AGUGUAUAGGCGAAGCAGUAAUCCGAGAGUGAAAUAAUUGGAGACGUGAGGGAAUUUCCACGGCCCAAGUUGGCGACUCCCAUCACUGUCGACAUCAUGAUUCCGCCCCAAAUCGCCGACUUGGAAGUCAAUCGGAGAGUAAUUUGGGCUAUUCUUUUGUCUCGUCCCCAACAAAUUUCCAUCCACGUAUCAAAUGAUAGCAACAUUCCCAAUAUUUAUGCGGUUCCAAUGAAUUCCGCUUCUUUGGUUCAGUUCAUCGGAAGUUCAGUUUCCAGUUCUGAUUCUAGCCUCAAGGUCGUCGCUAACGAGACAGUAUGGAGGAGAAAGGAGUGGAUGGUCGUGUAGUGAAGCGUUUGGAUUCCGAACGCAGUUCAAAUUCGAUGAACAGGCAGAGAUUUGGGGAAGUGAGUGGAGUGCUAUCCAUCGAGGAGUUCUUUGAGGACCAAGAAGUGCCUCCAUGGAGGAAGCAGCUGACGUUUAGAGCUUUUUUCGUUAGUUUUUGGCUGAGCAUUUUGUUCAGCUUCAUUGUAAUGAAGCUCAACCUGACCACUGGUAUUAUACCUUCACUCAACGUAUCUGCUGGUCUAUUAGGUUUCUUCUUUGUCAAGUCAUGGACGAAAUUUUUGGAGAGGUCAGGCCUCUUGAGGCAGCCUUUCACCAGGCAGGAGAACACUGUCAUCCAAACCUGUGUUGUUGCCUCGUCUGGCAUCGCUUUCAGCGGAGGUUUUGGAAGUUACUUAUUUGGAAUGAGCGAACGGAUUGCUCAUAGAUCAUCCGGCAGUAAAGAUUUCAAAGAUCCAUCAUUAGGAUGGAUUAUUGGUUUUCUAUUUGUUGUUAGCUUUCUUGGCCUCUUCUCAGUUGUACCCUUGCGAAAGAUCAUGGUCGUUGACUUCAAAUUAACUUAUCCAAGUGGUACUGCAACUGCUCAUUUGAUUAAUAGUUUCCAUACUCCCCGAGGAGCUGCACUAGCAAAGAAACAGGUGAGACUGCUUGGCAGGUUUUUCUCUUUGAGCUUCUUGUGGGGCUUUUUUCAAUGGUUCUUUCAAGCUGCAGAUGGUUGUGGAUUUGCACAUUUUCCAACAUUUGGGCUCCAAGCACGUGCAAACAGGUUUUACUUCGACUUCUCAGCAACAUAUAUUGGAGUUGGAAUGAUUUGCCCCCACAUAAUAAACGUAUCGGUGCUCGUUGGAGGAAUUAUCUCUUGGGGCAUAAUGUGGCCUCUCAUAGAAAAUAAAAAGGGUCAAUGGUUUAGUGAGAAAUUGAGCUCAGAUGACCUUAGUGGUCUUGAAGGUUACAAGGUAUUUAUAGCAAUAGCCAUAAUUCUUGGUGAUGGCCUAUACAACUUCUUCAAAGUAUUGACUCGGACCCUCUCCGGGUUGUUCAGCCAACUUCAACACAAAAGAGAGGCUGAAGAUUUUUCCUUGGGAAGUUCAUCAAGGUCUGAGUUUUCUUAUGAUGAUGAACGAAGGAAACAACUUUUUCUCAAGGAUCAAAUACCAAUCUGGUUUGCCAUUGGAGGCUAUGUUGUGAUUGCUGCAGUGUCGAUUAACACUCUUCCACACAUCUUUCCCCAGCUGAAAUGGUAUUAUAUUUUGGUCAUCUACGUCUUUGCUCCUAUCUUGGCCUUCUGUAAUGCAUAUGGAUGUGGACUCACGGAUUGGUCUCUAGCAUCUACUUAUGGAAAGCUUGCCAUUUUCACAAUUGGUGCCUGGGCUGGGCCUUUGCAUGGAGGAGUUAUUGCUGGUCUAGCAGCUUGUGGGGUCAUGAUGAAUAUUGUCUCCACAGCGUCCGACUUAAUGCAGGAUUUCAAGACCGGCUAUCUAACCUUAGCUUCACCCCGCUCCAUGUUUGUCAGCCAAGUAGUAGGCACAACAAUGGGCUGCAUUAUUUCCCCUUGUGUCUUUUGGCUCUUCUACAAGGCAUUUGAUGAUCUUGGUCUCCGAACUGGUCAAUACCCCGCCCCGAAUGCGGUUCUUUUUCGCAACAUGUCUGUGUUGGGUGUUGAAGGCCUCUCAAGUCUACCAAAGAAUUGUCUUACCUUUUGUUAUGUGUUUUUCGCCACCGCCAUUUUGGUUAACUUGAUUAAAGACUUGAUACCAAAAAAGUGGGCAAGGUUCAUUCCCUUACCUAUGGCAAUGGCAUUGCCAUUCUACUUAGGGCCAUACUUUGCAAUUGAUAUGAGCCUUGGAAGCUUGAUAUUGUUUGUGUGGCAGAAGCUAAACAAAACCAAGGCGGAUGCGUUUGGUCCAGCUGUAGCAUCCGGUUUGAUAUGUGGGGAUGGAAUUUGGAUGUUGCCUUAUUCAAUUUUGGCAUUGGCGGAAGUCAAGCCACCAAUGUGCAUGAAGUUCCUAUCAAGGGCAACCAACGCAAGAGUAGAUAAGUUCCUAGGAUCGUAGCUCUGAAAUUUUGUGUUAUUCUUGGAAUUUAUCUGUGGCUUUGUCCAAGCUAAAUACAUCUAUGGGCUUAAUUAUCUCAACGCCUCCCCUCUCCUUUUGGUUUCUUUAUGUUGUAGAAGAGCCUCCUAUUUUGGUUUCCAUGGGAGCAGAGGAGAUCCAGGUUUUAUUCUGUUGUAUAGCUAAGCAAUUGUGUGAGAUUUGUAUAAUGUAUUUAUGCUAAAAAAAGUAAAUAAUAAAGGUUAAAUCAUUUGUGUA